AUGAGUGAUUGUUGUCCAGGUUGUCCGUGCCCAACAGAACGUUCUCCCCCUACUUCUAUCCACAAACCACAGAUCUUUACCAUCCCAAACAGAUACCCCGUCAUAGAGAGCGGUACCUACCUACAUUCGAUCAUCAGGAAAACCCCAAUACAAAAAUAUCCGCAUAAGCUAGUUCGAAUGAAGAGGUUUCAGGGAAGUUCCCAUGAUCCACAGCAUAGGGGAGCACGCGAGAAAAACGUGGAAGUAGAUCGAUAA